AUGGCUGCUGCCAACCUGACACCUUCAAACCCUGCCACGUUCCUGCUGCUGGGCAUCCCCGGGCUGGAAGAAGCUCAUAUCUGGAUCUCGGUGCCCGUGUGCACGAUGCACAUGGUGAUCAUCGUCGGGAACUGCGCUAUUCUCCUAGUCAUCGCCACAGAGCCAGCCCUGCACCGACCCAUGUGCUAUUUCCUCUGCAUGCUGGCAGCCAUCGACCUGGGAGCCUCCACCUGCACCCUGCUGAAAUUACUCAUCUUCUGGUUUCAGGCCAGGGAGAUCAAUGCCGGGGCCUGCCUGGCCCAGAUGUUCUUCAUUCACUCCCUCUCCAUGAUGGAGUCAGCUGUGCUGCUGGCCAUGGCCCUGGAUCGCUACGUGGCCAUCUGUGCUCCCUUGCGCUACACUUCUGUCUUCACCGGCCACCUCGUUGCCAAGCUAGGCGUGGCGGCCAUAGCCAGGGGGACGCUGCUCAUGAGCCCCUGCCCCUUUCUGAUUAAAAGACUGUCCUUCUGCUGGACCAACGUCACCCCACACACUUACUGAGAGCACAUGGCUGUGGUGAAGCUGGCCUGUGGAGACACCAGCAUUAAUCAUGCCUACGGCCUCAGCGCGGCGUUGCUAGUCAUAGGUGGGGACCCGUUGUUUAUCGGUCUGUCCUAUUUCCUGAUUGUCCGGGCUGUUCUGCACCUCUCCUCCUGGGAGGCCCGGCUCAAGGCCUUUGGUACCUGCAGCUCCCACAUCUGUGUCAUCCUGAUCUCCUACACCCCGGCCCUCUUCUCCUUCUUCACGCACCGCUUUGGCCACCACGUGGCUCCCCCUAUCCACAUCAUCCUGGCCAACCUCUACCUGAUGUUCCCACCCAUGUUGAACCCCAUCAUGUAUGGGGUGAGGACCAGGGAUAUCCGGGAGUGGGUGCUCAGGGUGAUCCUGCAGGGCACAGGUACCCCCAAACCUAGGCCCGAAUGGGGCUCCCUCCUCCAAAGGCCAUCCAGCCAGAUCCCCCAGGCAGAGAUUCCUGUGCACACAGUGCCCCCUCCCAGGGGCCUUAUCUCAGGGUCUGUAAAGCAAUAA